UUUUAUACCGUUACUGUCGUACCAUACAACCUCUCGUCUCCUCUUCUCACUCAAGAAUCAGAUCGAACGAGUAUCAGACCCGUUGAUCUCACUCUCUGCGUCCUCCUCUUCGACAAUUCCCGCGACCCUUUGCAGAAAGGUUCCAGCUUUGGUGAAGAAUAACUGCUCAACGACCCCACUUCGAAACUGCAACUUGAAAGCUUGAAACUUUUCGAGUUCAUCCUUUUGAUCCUCUGUUCUCACGGUACUCCACGACGUUUUUGUUCUGGAUUCUGGUUUUGUUUAAAAUUGAGAAUUAAGGGAUUUUGGGUUUCGGUUAAGUCUGUCAUGCUGAAUGUUGCUACCAGGAGGUGGAAUAAGGAUGAACUCCAUGAUGGAUGAUAUGAACUUGAUUCAGCAGGCACAGAGGCAUCACUUAGUGGUUCGGGAGCUUGGAGAAGAGAUUGAUUUAGAAAUUGGAACUGGGGAUGAUGAUCCUUCAUUUGCUAACAACCCCCUUAUUGGUGGUCCACCACGGGAACCUUCUGUUGAGGAUAAUGACGAGAGUAAGAAUAUGGUAAUGGCUUCUCACCUCCCUAGUGAUGAUCAAGACAUGUCAAAGGGACAGCCAGUAAAAAGGAAGAAAAAGGUUGUGAAAAGAUGGAGAGAGGAAUGGGCUGAUACCUACAAAUGGGCUUAUGUUGAUGUCAAGGAAGGGACAGCGAGGAUUUUUUGCUCUGUUUGUAGAGAGUAUGGUAGGAAGCAUAGAAGAAACCCCUAUGGAAAUGAGGGUAGCCGGAAUAUGCAGAUGAGUGCACUCGAGGAACACAACAAUAGUUUGCUUCACAAAGAGGCACUUCGCCUUCAAAUGGCCUCCAAGGAUAAGGUCGUUGCUGACAAACCCAUUUAUGUUAAAGCUCUUAUGUCAAAAACGGCUGGAUCAAUUGUUGAAGCUGCACUGAAAAGGGAUCCUCAUGAGGUUGAGUUCAUACAAUCGGUGCAAGAAGUUGUUCAUGCUUUAGAAAGAGUGAUUGCGAAAAAUUCUCAUUAUGCAAGCAUCAUGGAGCGCUUGCUAGAACCUGAGCGCAUGCUUGUUUUUCGAGUUCCAUGGAUGGAUGAUAGAGGUGAGACACAUGUUAACAGGGGCUUUCGAGUACAAUUUAACCAGGCCUUGGGUCCAUGUAGGGGUGGUUUCCGGUUUCAUCCUUCUAUGAACUUGAGCAUUGCCAAGUUUCUUGGAUUUGAACAGACUUUAAAGAAUGCCUUGUCACCGUACAAAAUUGGAGGGGCAGCGGGAGGUAGUGAUUUUGAUCCAAAGGGAAAAAGUGAUAAUGAGGUUAUGCGUUUUUGCCAAAGUUUUAUGAAUGAAAUCUAUCGUUAUUUGGGUGUUGACAAGGACCUUCCUUCAGAGGAGAUGGGUGUUGGUACUCGAGAAAUGGGAUAUCUUUUCGGACAAUAUAGACGUCUAGCUGGUCACUUUCAGGUACCAGAAACACCGGGAAGUUUUACAGGGCCAAGGAUAUUUUGGUCUGGCUCUAGUCUUCGAACUGAAGCUACCGGAUAUGGACUGGUUUUCUUUGCACAACUCCUACUUGCAGACCUCAAUAAAGAUUUCAAAGGAUUAAGGUGUGUUGUAAGUGGUUCUGGAAAGAUUGCAUUGCAUGUCCUGGAGAAGCUUAUCGCAUAUGGCGCGAUUCCCAUUACAGUUUCAGACUCGAAGGGUUAUUUGGUGGAUGAUGAAGGAUUUGAUUACAUGAAAAUAUCAUUUUUGAGGGAGAUCAAAGCUCAACAAAGAAGUUUGAGAGACUAUUCAAAGACUUAUGCUCGCUCUAAGUAUUAUGAUGAAGCAAAACCCUGGACUGAAAGGUGUGAUGUUGCGUUUCCUUGUGCUACCCAAAAUGAAAUUGAUCAGACUGAUGCCAUUAAUCUGGUUAAUUCAGGUUGUCGUAUGCUAGUAGAAGGUUCAAACAUGCCAUGUACACCUGAUGCUGUUGAUAUUCUGAGAAAAGCUAAUGUUCUAAUUGCUCCUGCAGUGGCUGCUGGUUCUGGUGGACAGGUGGUUGCUGGAGAAUUUGAAUUGAACCACGAGUGUAAUUCAGUGAAUUGGUCUCCCGAGGACUUUGAAUCCAAAUUACAGGAAUCAAUGAAACAGACUUACCAGAGAACCCUUAAAGCUGCAGCUGACUUUGGUUACCAGAAAGAAAGUCCUGAAUCUUUGGUUCACGGAGCCAUCAUUUCUGCUUUUCUGACUAUUGCGCAAGCCAUGACGGAUCAGGGAUGUGUAUAGAGUGGAAGAAUAUUGUACAAUUAUUCGCACGCUCCUCAAAGCUGAUCGGUGUCAUCAACAAUGAACAAUUAUCGGAGGUGCGCAUACUGACGUUGGCAGUAAAUUGUAGAUCUUUACCGGCUUGACUGUGCUGGUUUCGAGAUCAAUGUGGUAUGACAGAUAUACAAGGUUCGAUUGUAACAUAAAAAUGUGUAAUGUUGUAAUAGCCGUGACUCGGAAAGAGUGAGGAAACGUUAUAAUAGGAAGAGUGCAAGUGAAAAUUGUGUAGUAGGUGAGUAGGGUUAGGGUUAGGAUAGGAAGCACUUGUGAGUUGACUCAGUUGAAAUUUCAUAAACUACUUGUUACUUGUGGAAUAUUUGGAUGCUGAACGGACUUUGGAAAUAAAAUUUAUUAAUUUGCUAUUUUCA